CCCCAAAAAUCGGCUAUUAACGCUAAAAACGGGGGAAAAAAAUAGCGGCUAAGGCUGCCGCGCAGGGCCCAAAAUAAUUGGCCCAAAAUUUCGUUUCGCGGCGUUUGGCGUUGUUUUGCGCGGCCCAAACCCAGCAUAGAAGUGCCCGAAGCCGAACCCUAGCGAAAUAUCCUCAUUCUCUUCUCUCCUCGUCGUUCUUGAACAGCAGCGCGACCAUGGCGGCGCGUACGGCCCGUCGUCGGUAGCUCCUGCGGCCAGCCGUGCUUGCUCCCUCCCCUUGGCAUCCCUAGCUCCCCUGAUUGGAUCAAGCCGUUCCUUCCCUGAGCCCUGACUGCUGCUGCUACCCCCGGCCGCGCAUCCAGUACUCUUCGAUCUGCUGCUAGCCUGCUACCACGGACGCUUCACCAGCCUCCACCCUUCCGUUUACUGCUGCUCCCUACCACAGGCAACGAUGUCAAAACUGGUUCCGAGAGAGAGCAAAGGAGAGAUGCGGGGAGUCGGAGGCCCGUUGCUCACCGUCAGCGAUCUCCUCAGCGACCUCGCCGUCGACGGAGGCGACGACCACCUCGACGGCGGCGGCGGAGGCGCAUCUGUACCCUCAUCCCCGUUGGCAGCGCAGCAGGUUGAGGAGGCCGACCCGUCCCACCUCCAACGGCUCUUCGAGGAAGACUAUGACAAUCUGAUGAAGUCACUACAGGAGAAUGACCCUUCAUGGCCCUCCUUGAUGCUGAAGUUGUGCACAGCGUUGAAGACCUCAGAUAAGCUGCUGGGCUGCGCGAACGCAAAGGCGCGACAGCUGCUGGAGAAGGUGGAGGCGCUGGAGCAAGUGCUAGAGAAGGGAGAUCACACGGUGGGAGCGAUUUUAGAGGGUGGGUCUCCAGAACGCACAACUUAAGGGUGAUAGCAGGACUUCGAAAUCAAAUGCACCUAGCAAGUAGUGUUGCGCUGUUGCAGCUGUUGUGUUUGGUUUAUGCAAAUCAGAAGGGUUGUCACUGUCUUUUUGAUGUAAAAGGGCUACGCGUUGGUAUCUUCAUGAGUUUGGACAGUGCGUGUAUGCUUUAUGUCUCGGCAUUGUUGGAAUUUCGGUGUUCCCCUGUCAUAGAUUUGGUGAAACGACUCAGCAUCGUUUAUGUUCCACCCAUUUGCUUGUCA